CACAAGCAUGCAGUUUUUUUGUCCGCCCAUAUUCAACUUAAACACGUUCACGGACAAUAAACGUUACCAUCCCUACAAUAUGACCGUUGGUGUAAAUAGGAUACGCCCAACAAUUUAAAUAAAUAUUUAUUAAUAGUUUUUUAAACUCCCAAAACACUGAAGAGAGCUGCAAACAAAACAUUUCGUUAGUCCUUUGGUCCUUUUACUAUUUUGGAAUGUGCGUUGCGAUAUCAGGAUAUCCCGAAGUGCACAGAGUUGUGGUAAAGAAAGUGAAGAGAUAAUGAUCUCACUUUAAAGGCGUGACAAAAUCAAAAGGACGAGCUAGACAACUUGCAUCAGCACCACAAUAUCAACCCUCUCAGUAAAAGCGGCGACACGGACACAUUUCGUUUGCUCUGUUUUGAAGGAGGUUGUGAACCGAAGCUCGGAUCCCCGGACCGCCGUUAAAGGAUCUCUGAACUUUGGGUCUACAGCGUCUUUUUCAAACGCCGAUUUUUAUUUAUUUUAUUCCUUAUGGAGGAGAAACACCAAGCUGCUUUUCUUUAAGUUAACGCAAGUGAACGCAUUUCUGAAUUUCUGAACAAUUCCUGAGGUGAAAUUACACAAGGGCCCUCUCCAUGGAUAUAGACACAGAUUAUGAGCGACCUAAUGUGGAGACUAUAAAGUGUGUGGUGGUGGGUGAUAACGCGGUGGGCAAAACCCGGCUGAUCUGUGCCCGUGCCUGCAAUGCUACCCUUACUCAGUACCAGCUGCUUGCCACCCACGUGCCAACUGUCUGGGCCAUCGACCAAUACCGCGUGUGCCAGGAGGUACUAGAGAGGUCACGAGACGUGGUGGACGAGGUCAGUGUCUCCCUCAGGUUGUGGGACACAUUUGGAGAUCAUCACAAAGACAGACGCUUCGCUUACGGCAGAUCAGAUGUGGUUGUGCUGUGCUUCUCUCUGGCCAAUCCAAACUCCUUACGGCAUGUCCGCUCCAUGUGGUUCCCUGAGAUUAAGCACUUCUGCCCCCGCACCCCAAUCAUCCUGGUGGGCUGCCAGCUGGACCUGCGCUAUGCUGAUCUGGAUGCUGUUAAUAGGGCUCGCCGGCCCUUGGCCAAACCCGUCAAACCCACAGACAUCCUGCCACCGGAGCGAGGCCACGAGGUCGCUAAAGAACUAGGCAUUCCAUACUACGAAACAAGCAUUGUUGCACAGUUUGGUGUCAAGGAUGUGUUUGAUAAUGCUAUCCGUGCUGCACUCAUCUCUCGACGGCACCUUCAGUUCUGGAAGUCUCAUCUGAAGAAAGUCCAGCAUCCCCUUCUCCAAGCCCCAUUCCUGCCCCCCAGACCACCACGGCCUGUGGUGGGCAUCCCCGAUCCUCCUCCAUUGGAUGGAGAAGGUCCGGACUCUCUCUUUUGCCAGACGUUGUGUGCAGAUGUCCUGUUUCUCCUCCAGGGUGGGACCACUCGUGUCUUCGCCCAUAAGGUGUACCUGGCCAAUUCCUGCUCUAAGUUCUACGACCUUUUUACAAUAGAUCUUGGGACGGCUGGUGAGGAGAAGGACAGCGAGGAAAGCUCUGUGGGGAGUGAGGAAGAGGAGCAGAGCCGAAGAGGAGCCAAAGAACAGGCUGGGCGGACCAAGAGCCUAGACAUUGAUAAGGACGGUGAAGGAGGUACCAGGGGCUCUAACAGGCUGCUUAUCUUGCAGCAAGGCUCCUUAAGGACUUCACAGAGUGAUAAUGCUCUACCUGCCAGGAGCCAUUGCUCUAUGGGACCCCAAAGAGCAGGCCGUGCUCUUUUGGGUUGGGGACGUGGUUUCUUGGGGGUCUAUCUGGAGAUGGUGGAUGACCCUGUGACAGGGCGACAAAGACUCAUGACUGUAGUGUCUAUGGACGAUCUCAUUCAGAAAGGGCCAUUCCAGGCAGUACUGCAGUACCUUUACACAGGUCACCUGGAUGAGGGGCGUGGGGACCUGAUGCAGGUGGCCACCAUCGCUGAACUUCUGGAAGUCUUCGACCUGCGCAUGAUGGUGGCCAAUGUGUUGAAUCGAGAGAGCUUCAUGAACCAAGAGAUUACCAAAGCCUUCCACGUGCGUCGUGCCAACCGCAUCAAAGAAUGCUUGAUCAAGGGCACCUUUGCUGAUGUGGUGUUUCGAUUGGAUGACGGAUAUCUGCCGGCCCACAAGCCAUUGCUCAUCUCAAGCUGUGAUUGGAUGGCAGCCAUGUUUCGUGGAUCCUUCAUGGAAAGCUACAUUGAGGAGGUGUCCAUUCCCAACACCACUUGUGCCUGUAUGAGAGCAGUUCUGGAGUAUCUCUACUGCGGUGUAUUGACACCAAGUCCUGAACUGGAGCCAAUGGACCUUAUAAUACUAGCCAACCGCCUCUGUCUUCCCCGCCUUGUAGCUCUAACAGAACAACAUGCCGUUGAGGAGCUGUUGCAGUUUUCCGUUAAAGGGGUGGACAUUGAUGGACAUGUGCUGGCCUACCUGGAGUUAGCUCAGUUCCACAAUGCCAAACAGCUCUUCGCCUGGUGUCUGCAUCACGUCUGCACCAACUAUAACAAUGUCUGUCGCAAAUUCCCCAAAGACAUGAAGGCCAUGUCUGCCGAAAACCAGAAGCACUUUGAGAAGCAUCGCUGGCCGCCCGUCUGGUUCCUGAAGGAGGAAGACCGCUACCUUCGCUCUCAAAAAGAGCGAGAGCGCGAGGAAGAGAUCUUACGCAAGCAACACACUAAACGUGGAUGGUGCUUCUGGAGACACCCGUCUUCUUCUGCACCCCAUAUAUCAUAAAGGGUUAACUACUUCCAUCAACCCCCUUAACCCUUCAAUCUCUGCCUCCGAGCCUGAGGAAACCCCCGUUUCUACGUCUGGGCGUGUCCGACCUGGCUGCUCUGGGAAUUAUUCCGGGCCUCUCUGCCCCUCAUCUUCUCUCUCCGAGAUGGGCCUUAGCGGACUGCCCACCACGAGCUCUCAGAGUAUGUGUCAUUCAAUGGGGCUUGAAGAACAUUUCUAAUCUUUCUCACUUUCAACAUUACAUGUUUCACUGUGCGAAUGCAGCAGGUGUGAGGUCUUGCCACAGCAUCAUGUCAUUUUUGCAAUGACCUGAUUUGAACUCUUAAAGACUGUUAUUAUUAUACGAGACCACACACACACUAACACCAGCACCCUGUCUGUGCGCUGGCGCCCAGGCCGUCGGAUGCUGCAUGGUGCUGCUGUGUUAAGCUUUUUCUGUGAGACCCAUUUCUGGGAAACCCGUCAUGUUCAAUGCAUACAAGCUGAAACUUAGCUUAAGCUUAAUGGCGGCAGGGAUAUAAAUAUUUUUGUUGAAAUCAAAGAGUUCUUCAAAAUUAUGUCUGCCUACGUUCUCGCAAAAAUAUCUCCAUUUUAGAUCUUCCAUUGCACCUCCUGGCUUUGCAUUUAGUUGUUCCUGUUUUUAAUAUUUGGUAAUGCGAUAGACCAGGGGCAGAAACACAGAAAGGUAUUAUUUCAGGUCUGUCACUCAUAGGCUCUAGCAAAGCACCAAAGACAGACACAAACUCAUUCAGACACAAACGCCUUACCAAAAUCUACUGAAACAAGACUAAACUUGACAGCGAGUGAACUUUUAGGAUUAUUUAUACCACUGCCGUGAGAGAAUUUGCAGCUAUAUAACAUUAAAUCGUUUUCUGUGACGUGACCACUACCAAGCUACUUGACUUGCUUGCCUUUCAACUUCACCACUGGGUGGCGCCCAUGCCUUCUGAGUUUACCCUUCUUUAGAAAGUAUUAGGUACUUAUUUGUUUUUGAAUCAUAAAUCUUUGCAUCUAAGAAUCCGAGCAUUUAGUAGCGCUAAAUUCAAGCGAUUGGCAAAAUAACCAAAAAAAAAAAAAAAAAAGAAAUAUAUUGUGGCGUUUCUUAAAUCUGCCCCCUCUGUUAAAGGCGAGGUGUAUGAUUUUUGAAAAAAAAAAACACUUUGGAAAAGGGAGUCGGGCCAAGUACCAAAACACACUUGUAGCCAAUCAGCACUAAGGGGCGUGUCUACUAACCAACAUCGUUGCCUGGGUUGCAUAUGUGUGGGGCGGGUUUAUCAAAAGAAGGUCCAGAUUCUAUUGGGAUAGGGGCGUGUUUGUUUGUUUCAGAGAUCAUGCACCCCGCCUUUAAUCCUCCUUUCCUCUACCUCUGCGUUAACCAUACAGAGGAAGAAACGAUCAAUCCAUUUCCUGUAGUCUUUGAUACGUUGCAUUGUGAUGCUUCAGAGUUAGAAUCUCACUUUGCACUUUGCUGACGAAAUUGGUGCUCAGGAUUUGCAUGCAAAAUUUUAUUUGACCGCUCACUCACCUCUUUCUACAAGUUUACCUGUUUGACAAUCUUAAUAACGAAACUGCUCUAACAAAAGCUGUAAAUUAAACAUGCUUCUUUUUUUCGAAUGAAAGCUUUAUCUGACACUGAUAUUGUAAUAUACCAUUUCCUCCCGGUUUGGUUCCUCUUUACAGAUCUGUAUGCACUGCGGUGCAGUGUUGAAUCUGUUUGCUAGAGUCUGUCUGAAUUGCCUUCCAUUUAAGUACAUGAGUGCCUAUGACCAUGUUACACUUUUCCUUGUACAUCGAGAUCAAGUAUGUCUUGGUGAAGCAUGUUUGUUUUGCCUGUUUUGUGCCUUUUAACGAGAGUGUUAUUAAUAGCUACUUUGGAGGUGAAUGAGAAACCCAAGACAUUUCUUCAUGGCACUUUUUUUCUAUUUCUGGCUUCCUGAUUUCGCCUUUUCAAGAUUGCAUCCUGCUUUUCUCACCAGACAAGCUGAAAUCAUCAACAGCUACAAAAAUAGACGCACACAGAGCUUAUGUGCCCAGAGAGGCCGAUCUGCACACUUAUAAUAUAGAAAUUAAAAACGAAGAAGUAUUUGAAGUCUGUAAGCAUUGCUUUGUCAAAGAUUUUGACAUUCACCCGUCUCUGUUGAAAUGCCAAUGCAGUAUUUAUGAGGUCGGUAAUGUAAAUUAAUGCCUUGUAGAAGCACUCAUAAAAAGUAAAUCCAAGAAUGUAUAACUUUACUGUUUAUUUGCAGACCGGUGCUGCAAAGAAUUAUGUAAUUUUCAAAAACGAGUUUAUAUGAAACCAAAAAGGUACAUCGACUCCUGAUAAGUGCUUAGGAAACAUAACAAGCAUCGAUAGACUGUACGUCCUGGGAUGGAAAGCUUUGUUGCCGUGGUGAUUUCGGGCUUGUUAGCACUUUGUUUCUUUUUGCUUUUGCACUUUUUUUUGCGUAGUUUCAGUCUGGCUUUGAUGUGCAUGCCAUUGACUGUUUCUAAAACCAUGACUUUUAAAAAUAGAUUACAUUUUGUAGCAUGUAAUGGGUUUCUUCCAUUAAAAUGGUGCUUCUGACAGCCCUGUAUUUCUGUGCUUGCAUGAAAAAAAAUCUUUCUAUAAGACUUUGAUGUCUGCUGUGCUGAAGACGUCCAAGACUUCCUACCAUGUGCUAUGAGAUACAUGACCUGAUGUAUGGCUUUUAAUAGUCUAGAAGGUUUAGUUGAUUUGUUUACCGGAGGUCCAGUUUAAGAAAAGAAAUUGGUUUAGACACUCUGACUUGGAUCUAACAACUGCUAACAGUAUAACUGCUUGUUAAAUAUGCACUUUAGCCUAAAGUUAGAUACAAAAUGCUUUGUAAAUUUUAUUCAAUUUAACCCAAAUCGUCCCAAAUGACAAAUUGUGAAGUAUUAACAAUGCACGUUUACAUGUAAGAUGAUUGGUUUAAGUGCCAGCUUCCGAGUUAGCAUGUAGUCAUGAAUAACGUUAAGCAGUCAGCGUGAACUUUCGUCUUGUUUUUGAGAAAAAAAAGCCCUCAUUAAGCCACAUAAUAAUAUGUUGUGAAAAUACAUUAGUACUCUUCCUGGAAACUGCUUGCUUCAUGUUCAUUAUUAACACUUAAUAUUGUUCUAGGUUUGGUUAUUUAAUGCAUUGUAAGGUAUAGAAACCAUGCGUUUUUUGAGAAAUGAGAGAGUCGUUGAAAGUUGUGGUCUACUCCUGUGUUACCUGUGCCUUUGAUUAACAAAAAGUCCUGUAAUUAUUCUGUAAUCGUAUAUGUAUAUAUAUAUAUAUAUAUAUAUAUAUAUAUAUAUAUAUAUAUAUAUAUAUAUAUAUAUAUAUAUAUAUAUAUAUAUAUAUUUACACACACACACUCAACAAUAUGUGCUAAGAUGACAGCCAGCAGACCAUUACAUUGCUUUUCUGCAUGUCUGUGGCCAGCAUGUAGCAAAACCUUCUGUGUGAGUGAUGUGAGAUAUAUAUAUAUAUAUAUAUAUAUAUAUAUAUAUAUAUAUAUACACUAUAUAUAUGUACACUUGCGCCCUCUACCGUCAGCUGACACUAAAUCGUUUCAGCGCAACUAACGUCACCAAUGGAAUCGAAAAAAUACAGGUUUCAUAAUAAUAGGUUGGGACAAGAGUCUUUUUAAAUUGCACACUUCACCUAUUUUAAAUAAUCAAGGUGAUAUAAAUUAAUGUAUGGGAAGGAAAAUGGGCCUAUAUUACACAACAUGUUUAAUUGGGUUUGGUUUAUAUUGUGAUGAGUAAUUAACCACAACUUACUUUCUAAAAUAAGUACUGACCAUUUGAAGGUUUUCUGUUUGAAAGCUUUCUUUCUGUCUAAUGUGUUUUGAAAUCCACCUUCAUCUCUAGUAAACAAAAGGCCCGUAUUACGAGUCUAAGAAAAAAAAGUCAGUCUGUCAGUUGUAUUUUAGCACUUACUCCUUUUGACUGACAAUGUGGUAGGUGUUAAGUGAUAAUUGCCAAUUUUAUCCUCUUGAGGUAAGAGGGAAUCACUGACUGUCUGUUGAAUUGACCUGACUCUUGACCUUCCUGUGACUAUUUAAAGCUUUUUUGCACUUUGUGUUUGUUGUUAUUCACUUUGUUUGAAGAAUUGUUUUUCUCGUCCUAAACCCAAAAGUUUCUGUUACUGUUCUGUACUUGGUCUGAACUAGAAGCACACACACACACACACACUAUACACACUAUUAAGGGCUUUUAAAAUACUAAAUCAGAAUGUUUUUGCUGCUGUUGCAAAAAAAGGAUAAAAGAAAAAAAACAUUUUAUUGAAUUCUUUGUAAUAUUUUUGAAUAACUGUGAUUUGUACAAAAUGGAGUUGGGAACGGGUUGAAAAGGUUAUUUGUUUCAGUAUUUUAAUGUUUGCUUGGCUUUUAAUAAAACUAAACUGAAAUA